AUGAUAUCAAAAAAUGAUAUUGAUGAGUUUUUACGGAAUACUGAAGAUACAACUGAAGAAACAGCCCUUUAUUAUUUAGAAAUGUGUAAUGGUAAUUGCAAAGAUGCAUUAAACUUAUAUUACGAGAUAAAUGGUGGAAAUAAUUCUGAAAAUGAUAGAAGGAAUGCAGAAGAACAACAAUUAAAAGAAUAUAACCAUCAUGACACAAAUGAAUGUAAUGAGAAUAUACGUUCACCUGAUAAACAUUUUAGUCAAAAAUUAAUUCAUGAUAUGGAUGAAUCUAAUUUUUUGCAUUUUAGAGAAAUAAACAAAAAAGAAAAAAAGACAAAAAUAGAUUUAGGUGGUACUUUUGAAAAAUUGUUCUCUCCACCUGAAUCUUUAAUAUGUUCUUUAUCAUUUGAAGAAGUAAGGAAAAAAUCAAAAGAAGAAAAUAAAUUUAUUUUAGUUAAUAUACAAAAUUCAGAAUUUGAUUCUAUGCGAUUAAAUAGAGAUAUAUGGAAUAAUGAUAUUAUUCAACAAAUAUUAAAAGACUUUUUUAUUUUUUGGUUAAGAUAUGAAUAUGAACAAGAAGCAAUGAUUUUUAUGAACACAUAUAAGGUUAACAAAUUACCAUAUAUAUGUGUAUUAUGUAAAAGAACUGGAAGAUUAUUAAAAGUAUGGAAUACCAAGCAUUUUGAAGAUCCUGUUUGUGCUCAAUCACAGUUAUAUGAAUUUAUUGAAAUGAUUGAAUUGAAAAAUAAUGUAAAUAAUAUAAAUAAUAACAAAAAUAACAAUUCUGUAAACAACACACUAAAUGAUUUAGAAAAAAACAAAAUUAAUUAUAAUGUUGACGAUAAUAAAUUAUAUAAUACAACAAAAGAAAUAAAAUAUAUAGAGGAAAUUCAAAAAGAUAUUGAUAAGAAUAUAAAUCCUUCUAAUCCUUUAAACUUAUCAGAAAAUAAGGAAAGAACAAGUAAUAACGAGAAUAUAAAGGAUUACAAUAAAAUCAAUAAUGAAUUAUCAGAGUUACAUAAAUUAAGAUUACAAAGAUUACAAAAAAAAUAA